AUGUCCCUCCCUGCUACUCACCAAGCUAUCAUUGACGACUUGAUCAAAGACCUCAGCAAAGCAAACACCAACGACCCGCUUCAACACUGCGCGAAUUAUUUCAACCGUCAGCUCGAAGCCGAGCGCGCUGCUCAGUCUCCCGCCAAAUCAGCCACCAACCAGACCAACGGCAAGAUGGCUGAUACUGCUGGUCCUUUUGACAAACGCAACCCCUUUGGUGCGAGCACAAACCCACAAAGCAUAGAAGAGGAGGAUGAAGAACGCGAUAGCUUCGGUUCUCCCACCAAUGCCACCUUCAAGUCUCCUCGUGGAGCCGACCGUUCUUCACCUUUUGGUGCCUCUCCCUUUGGUGCGGCCGCAGGUGGUGCGGCCGCUGGAGGUUUGUUUGGCAACUGGCUAGGCUCCAGUGCCAGUGAUGAGACCGACAACUCUGCACAGCAAGCUCCUGCGAACUAUGCCGCCGGUCGUAGAACCUCAGUCUCUGCCGAGUCCAUGCAGCCAGAUGCCGACUCGGGCAAUUGGAAGCCACCAAAACACCACAAGACACCCGACCAGCUGGAACGUCUCAGGCAUGCCGUGGCCGGCAAUUUCUUGUUUUCCAGUCUGGAUGAAGAAUCCUUCACCUUGGUCUUGGACGCCUUGGUGGAGAAAUCCAUCCCGGCACCCAACAUCAAAGUCAUCACUCAGGGCGAUGAAGGCGAUUUCUUCUACGUCAUUGAGUCGGGCGAUUUCGACGUCUACAUCAAUCCUAGUGGAGCUGUCGAAGCUGGCCCUGACGGUCUCGGCAACAAAGUAGCCAGCAUUGGACCAGGCGGCAGCUUUGGUGAAUUGGCCCUGAUGUACAACGCACCUCGAGCUGCGACCAUUGUUAGCUCAAGCAAAGGCGGUCUUCUAUGGGCGUUGGAUCGCAUCACCUUCCGCCGCAUUCUGAUGGACAAUGCCUCUCAGAAGCGAAAAAUGUACGAAGGCUUCCUAGAAGAAGUCCCACUGCUCUCAACUCUCAAGCCUUACGAGCGCGCCAAGAUUGCAGAUGCAUUGGAGACAGUCAAGUUUUCUGCUGGCGAGAACAUCAUCACAGAAGGAGAGCCUGGUGAUGCAUUCUAUCUGCUCGAGGCAGGAGAAGCAUCGGCAUACAAGCAUGGAGUGGACAAGUCUGUCAAAGAGUAUCAUCGUGGUGACUUCUUUGGUGAAUUGGCCUUGUUGGACGACAAGCCUCGUGCAGCUAGCGUGGUGGCCAAGACCAACAUCAAGGUUGCUAAAUUAGGCAGGGAUGGAUUCAAGCGACUACUGGGUCCUGUUGAAGGCAUUAUGAGACGUGAAGAAUAUGAUGCCGGACUAGAUCCCUUGAGCAAGCAGAAGACAGUGACUUAG